GUAGGUGCGAGCCAGCCGCCGGUAUGCUGAUAGCCUGCGCGGGCUGCGACAAGCCCAUCCUGGACAAGUUCCUGCUCAACGUCCUGGAGAGGACAUGGCACGCCGACUGCGUGCGGUGUUUCGACUGCCACGCUCCCCUCACCGACAAAUGCUUCUCCAGAGAAGGCAAGCUCUUCUGCAGGAGCGACUUCUUUAGGAGAUAUGGCACGAAGUGUGGCGGCUGCGGUCAGGGCAUCUCGCCCAGUGACUUAGUGAGGAAAGCCAAAGACAAAGUGUUCCAUCUCAAUUGCUUCACCUGCCUGGUGUGCAGGAAGCAGCUCUCGACGGGCGAAGAGCUCUACGUGCUGGACGACAACAAAUUCAUCUGCAAGGAGGACUAUCUGAGCGGGAACAAGGCGGCCGUGAUCAGCUCGCACCAUCAAGAUUCCUUAAUGGGAUCAGCGUCAGAAGACGACGAGGACGACGACAACAGCACGGCGUCCUCAGUUCUAAAGCACCACCCUCUUCAUGGAUCUCUACCACCAGCUCCAGGGGAGACCAACAACAACUCUCUCCCACAUUCUGAUAUCAGUAGUUCGAUAGGACAGGACUCGAAAACGGGUCAGGACGACUCGGAGGACCAAAACUCGCUGGACGGCGAUCCUGAGACGAGGGACUCGCAGACGGAAAACAAAAGCCCUGACGAUAGCAGCGCGGGAUCGAAACGUAGGGGGCCCAGGACAACGAUAAAAGCCAAACAGCUAGAGAUACUGAAGAACGCCUUCUCGCAAACGCCGAAACCUACCAGGCACAUACGGGAGCAACUGGCCAAAGAGACGGGGCUACCUAUGAGGGUUAUACAGGUCUGGUUUCAAAACAAACGGUCGAAAGAAAGGCGCCUAAAGCAGCUGACGUCAAUGGGCAGGGGGCCGUUUUUCGGAGGAUCAAGGAAGAUGCGGGGAUUCCCCAUGAACCUGUCACCGGGCGGUCUGGAGGACGGACCACCUGGUUUUCCUUACUUCGCCGAUGGAAAAUUCGAAUUUGGCUACGGCGGUCCCCCUUUCCACCCCCACGACGGCCCCUUCUUCCCCGGACACCACCCGGGAGGCGGCCCCGGAGGCCAAGGAGGCAUGCCUUUCGGUCAAGGAGGUGGACCUAUGGACCACGGCGGCCCCAUGCCGAUGGGCGGCGAGUUCGGCGGCAUGCCCAACGAGCAGGGUCAGUUCAUGCCCCAACAGGGCCCCGGCCCCGACAUGAUGCAGGGCAACGGGGGCGGUCGGGGCGGCAGCCCGGAGUUCAUGUCGCCGGGCAACUUCUCCGACAACCCGCAGCAGCUCAGCGAGGGUCUCGUUUGGUAGCUGGCAAAGGCUCUGGCCAAGCGCGCCAGAGAGUAACCAACCCUGUAUAUAUAACUUUAAGUGAUAGACGUAACGUUUUAAACUUUAUUUAUUGAUGUUGCUGAAUUUGGGACAGGAGAAGUGCACCGAAAUGAGAGAAGCCACGAGAGUGUUGCAACUUUUAAAG